CUAUCUCAAAGUCUCUCUCUCUCUCUCUCGUUUCGCUCCACAGUAGAGCAUUUCUCAGUCUUCCUCUCUCUCAUUCAUUUGGGAGAACCUGUAAUUGCGAUACAACGUAAAACCCCAAAAUUCCCCAAUCAGAAAUGGCGAAAGGCGGUAAGCUAACGAAGCUGAAGUCGGUGUUAAAGAGAUGGCAAUCAAUGAACAAGUUCGGGCGUAGCAACAACGGCAGCUCCAUCGCCGCCGCUAACCCUUCCGAUGACGAAGACUCUGUAGCCGUCCCCGGCGGCGGAAAUGUUCCGGAAGGAUUUCAGCCGGUGUACGUUGGGAAGUCUCGCCGGCGGUACCUUAUCAGCUCCGACGUCAUUGACCACCCUCUAUUUCGUGAGCUUCUGGAGAAAUCGGACGGGUCGGAUUCGAUGACGGUCGGGUGCGAAGUAGUAUUGUUCGAACAUAUGCUUUGGAUGCUGGAGAACGCAGAGCCACAGCCUGAGUCUUUAGAUGAGCUCGUCGAGUUCUACGCUUGCUGAUGAUGAAGGAAGAACAUUGAUGCAUGCUUAUUAUGCUUGUAAUUCUAUUCACCCACACA